UAACAGAAAAUUAUCUCUAGAAAAAUUAUCUCUAAAAUGGCGAUGAAAUCUGAACUUAUAAUGGGAGUACCCAGAAACCUGCCUAAUAAAUCUGAGUGUCUAGAUACUGCAGUAGCUUGUCUCAUUGAUGUCGUCUUUUCAUUAAAUCAGAGACUGGAACUUCGGGGGAAUAGAAGAAAACGAAGUGGUUUGUAUCCUACUCAAGAGUGUUUGUAUCCUACUCAAGAGUGUUUGUAUCCUUCUCAAGAUUGUCUGUAUCCUACUCAAGAGUCUUUGUAUCCUACUCAAGAGUGUUUGUAUCCUUCUCAAGAUUGUCUGUAUCCUACUCAAGAGUCUUUGUAUCCUACUCAAGACUGGAGAAGUGGAAGUUCUAAAGAAAAGGAACUUAUUGAAAAUAUCAGAUCUAUUCAGAAACAUUUUCAAUCUCAUCUCGCUGAGAAUUCUGGUAAAGAUGUCUCUAAACUUGUGGAAGAAAUUCAAACAUUUAGAACCAAGCUGGAGGAGGAACAGAUUGAGCCUAGUGAGAGAAGUGUUAAUCUGGCGAAAACUUGUUUAAAUGUUCAGAGUUUACUUUUCGAGGCGGUCGAAUAUAUCGUUGCAUUUAUUAAGAAAUUAGGAUGUAUAGUUAAGAAAAGAUGUCUGGAAUUACAUCUUAAAACCUUCAGAAGCAAAAUGGAAUCCAACCAAACAGAGUUCCCUAAACCAUUAUCAAAAAGUUCUAGUUUUACUUCCAGAUUAGACAUUGUUCCAGGGUUAACAGUUGAUAAAGAUUACAUGGAACCUGACAGAAUUGUAAAAUGUGCCAAAAUAGUCCCACCUGCUUUGGAACAGAUGCCGAUAAAACAAUUGGAACGGGGAGAGAUUGUUUUUAAAUCUAGAAAACGUUAUUUAAAUCCUGGAACUGGAUUUAAUGUUCAACAGAAAAAGCGGAUUCGUACAAAGUUUCUCCGAAAUAUUCCACCAGAGAAGUCGGUUGGAAGGUCAUUGAGAUCUUUUUCAGUUCCAUUGACUCCCUCCAUUAUGUCAAUGAACACCUCCUCGACCAACUCCAGUGACAUCCCCUCCAAAUGGCUGUUAUUGCAAACCAAGAGCGAAAAUAACAUCACUAAGGCCUGUCAGGAACAAGAACAGGUUCUGGUUCUUGGAGUACUGGAGCAGGUUCUGGUUUCUGAAGGAGAGGAGCAGGUUCUGGUUUCUGAAGGAGAGGAGCAGGAGCAGGUUCUGGUUCCUGGAGAAGAGGAGCAGGUUCUAGUUUCUAAAGGGGAGGAGCAGGUUCUGAUUUCUGAAGGAGAGGAUCAGGUUCUGGUUUUUAAAGGAGAGGAGCAGGUUCUGGUUUCUAAAGGAGAGGAGCAGGUCCUGGUUUCUAAAGGAGAGGAGCAGGUUCUGGUUUCUGAAGGAGAGGAGCAGGUUCUGGGUUCUAAAGGAGCGGAGCAGGUUCUGAUUUCUAAAGGAGAGGAGCAGGUUCUGGUUUCUAAAGGAGAGGAGCAGGUUCUGGUUUUUAAAGGAGAGGAGCAGGUUCUGGUUUCUGAAGGGGAGGAGCAGGUUCUGGUUCCUGGAGGAGAGGAGCAGGUUCUGGUUCCUGGAGGAGAGGAGCAGAUUCUGGUUUCUGAAGGAGGGGUUCAGGUUCUGGUUCCUGAAAUACAAGAGCAGGUUCCAAUUCCUGAAAAGUUUAACAAUUUCCUGGUUCCUGAAGUUCCGAUCCUUGGAGUGAAAGACCAGGCUCUAGUUCGAAAGUUUGAAUUGGCUGAACCUUGCAGGGUGCUUAGACUACUAGAGAAAAAAAGAAAGGUUGCUAAAAAGAAUGGGUUACACCAGUUUGUAUUGUGGAGAGCAGCAUAUAAUUGUGUACGAGAAAAGGCAAGAUCUAAUGCAGAACAAAGAUUUGCUCGUCGGCGUUUAGGAGCUAGGAUAGGGUCAUCUUUACCCUUAGGAGCAGGUCCAUGGAUAGGGACUUUAUCCUCCGGUUCAGGAACGAGGAUAGGGACAUCAUCCUCUGGUCCAGGGAACAGGAUAGGGACUUCAUCUUCCGGUCUAGGAACCAGGAUAGGGACUUUAACAGCUGGUUUAGGGACUAGAAUUGGGACUUCAAACUCAGAUAAGAGAUCUAUAAACGCAAAGACGAGAGUAAAGAAGAGUUCCGAAGAUCCUGGUGCUCCAGGUUCUCUGCUCAUUAGAGCCUCUCCAGGGUUACCUGGUGCACAGAGAGUUGUAGAAUAUUGGAACCUGGAGAACAUAUCCUGGAGUCUAUUAUUUCUAAACUGUUUUCUCAUCUAUCAUAUACUAUUAAUUGAUAUCUCUUGUUCGGUAAAAUGAUUGGAAUGCCCAUUACAUUGUUUAUUGUGUAUAUAUAGAUUUAUAUUGUACAUAAAACUUGUUAAUAAUUUUUUU